GGGAUCAGAGAGAGAGAGAGAGAGAGAGAGAGAGAGAGAGAGUGGAAAUUCCAAUCCGUACGCGUCAGGCUUGGAAUGGAAGAAGAACAAGGAAGAGACACUCUUGCAUUGAAGAUUGCUCCCUAAAUCCAUCCACCGUGAGAUUCACGCUACAAUCCCCCCCCCUCUUCCCCUGACUUUUCACCGUUUUCAGAUCGACGGCGCAUGAUUGAUUUCUGAUUUUCACGAUUCGGCCAAUUCGACUGUGGUAGCGGUGGUGGAGAAAUGAACGGCGGCGGAGAGGAGCGCGCGGCGACGCCGCUCGACUGGAAGUUUUCUCAGGUUUUCGGAGAACGCACUGCCGGCGAGGAAGUACAGGAAGUUGAUAUAAUAUCUGCAAUAGAAUUCGAUAGAACCGGAGACCACCUCGCCACUGGAGAUCGUGGAGGGCGAGUGGUAUUAUUUGAAAGGACUGAUGCCAGGGAGAAUGGCGCACAACGGAUAGAUCUGGAGAGAAUGGAUUAUACCAUGAGUAAGCAUCCUGAGUUUCGAUACAAAACUGAGUUUCAGAGUCAUGAACCUGAGUUUGAUUAUCUAAAGAGCUUGGAAAUCGAGGAAAAAAUCAAUAAAAUUCGAUGGUGUCAGACAGCUAAUGGUGCACUGUUCCUUCUCUCGACUAAUGACAAAACCAUCAAAUUCUGGAAGGUCCGAGAGAAGAAGGUAAAGAAAUUAUCUGAGAUGAAUGUGGAUCAGUCUAAAUCUCUGAGCAAUGGUCCAGUUGUUGACAAUACGCCAGAAAUUUCAAAACCGUAUCUUGCAAAUGGAGUAUGCAAAGAUAAAGGAUUUCCAAGCAAUGAUAUUUCAAUUCCAUCAGGAUGUUUCCCAUCUCUGCGAAUGCCUGUGGUAGUGACCAGUCUUGAGACGAGUCUUCUGGCGAGAUGUCGAAGAGUCUAUGCCCAUGCCCACGAUUAUCAUAUUAAUUCCAUUUCAAAUAACAGUGAUGGUGAAACUUUUAUAUCGGCCGAUGAUUUGCGUAUUAACCUAUGGAACUUGGAGAUCAGCAGUCAAAGUUUUAAUAUUGUUGAUGUAAAACCAACAAACAUGGAAGAUCUAACUGAGGUGAUAACUUCAGCAGAAUUCCACCCUACUCACUGUAACACGUUGGCAUACAGUAGCUCAAAAGGCUCAAUUCGUCUUAUUGAUCUGCGGCAGUCAGCUUUAUGUGACAAUCAUAGCAAAUUGUUUGAAGAACAAGAAGCACCCGGUUCAAGAUCAUUUUUUACUGAGAUAAUAGCCUCAAUUUCAGAUAUCAAGUUUGCUAAGAAUGGAAGACAUAUGCUUAGUCGUGAUUAUAUGACUCUCAAGCUGUGGGACAUCAAUAUGGAUUCUGGCCCAGUGGCGAGUUAUCAGGUUCAUGAAUAUCUAAGACCUAAGCUGUGUGAUUUGUAUGAGAAUGAUUCUAUCUUUGAUAAAUUUGAGUGCUGUCUAAGUGGAGAUGGAGCUAGAGUGGCAACAGGGUCUUACAGCAAUCUGUUUCGAGUCUUUGGAUGUUCUGAAGGGAGCACAGAGGCAACGACAUUAGAAGCCAGCAAAAAUCCUAUGAGGAGACAAGUCCAAACACCAUCCAGGCCUGCUAGAUCUUUGGGAAAUCUUCCCCGUGUUCUGAGGCGAGGCGCAGAUAACUCUGGGGCUGAUGCAAAUGGAAAUGGAUUUGAUUUCACGACAAAGUUGCUACAUCUUGCAUGGCAUCCUACUGAGAAUUCACUUGCUUGUGCUGCUUCAAAUAGCCUUUACAUGUAUUAUGCGUAAAAAUGGUAUGGGGAGUUGUACUUAUUGGCGAGCACGGUCUUCUGAUUGCUAUUGACAAAGGCUGACAAAGGUUGACAAAGGUUGCUUUCCCUUCUUUCCCAGCUAGUGAUGUGGAGCUGCACCCUUACUUAUAACAUCUGCAAACCAUUACCUAAUUGUGCGACAUCAGAAAACCUUUCUGUUGAUACAAAAAAUUUCAAGAAGAAAUAGUCUCUCAAACUAGGUGGACACUGCUGUUAAUGCGAUAUCAUAAAGCCGAUGGUUUGUCCAAAUUGUGUAUCGUUAGUGGAAGAGAUGUGACAUUAGCUCAUCUGCCUACUGUGAAAAAGCACCGGGUUGAUAUUUUGUUGCUACAGUGGAAAGCAAUCAGGUCCUAUAGUGAAGCUAUGAUGGUUGUGUUGCAUCAAUGUCUCAUUGAUACCUUGGCCCCCAAUCUGUAUUAUUUAAAUUAGAGUAAAAAAAAGGCUUGUGAAUUUCAUCCUCGUUUUUUCUCCUAACCAUUCUUUCCCCUUUCAGAAUCUGCUGAUUUUCUGAUAUCUUUAGCAAGUAUUCCACCUUUGGAUUGAAGCCCCCCAUGCAAGACAUUGUUUCAGCAGUUUCACUUGGAUUAGCAGUUGUGUGGGUCUCAAUUUAUCUGGUUUUUCUGGUGUUAUUGUUUAGGUUAUGUUUCUACUGUACUCAACUGAUCAUCUUCAUAAAAAAGAAGUGUCAGAGAAUAUUGAAUCAUCAAGUAACAGAAUAUUACUUUUGUUGAAUUAGGUUGCUUUGCUUAUGUAGAUUUGUGCUGAAAGUAGGACUCCUCGAGUCCUUGUGGCUAGGAACUGUAACCAAUCUUUUGUUUUUCCCUUUUACUAUUUAUAAAGUACAAUUUAGUAAA